AUGGUCGAAAGAAAAUUUACGCCUUUAAAUGCUUCAACAAAAUGGAACCGUGGAAUUGCCGCUGCCAUCGACCUCACCCUUACACAACGACUCAUGCUUGCGCCAAGUCGCCAUGCCAGAUACGAGUUGCUGAAGGAUGAGGAUUUCCUCUUCGACUUCGGCAAUGGUGUUGGAAUGGCUAUCGGUAUCUUGGGCCCUUGCGGGUUUAAUACCCCCCAUGUACAUGUUGGAGGUACCGAAUUCAACAUUGCGCUCAACGGAACAUUGGUUUCGUUCUUAGCGCUUGAACCCCCGGCCACAAACUCUAGUGCUACUCCAAGGGUAAUCAACCUGACCAUCGAUACUCUCCAGGCUACCAUCUUUCCUCAAGGCUCAACCCAUAUGGAGCUCAACCCCAGCUGCGAAACCCGCGCAUUCGUCGCCGCGUUUGGCACGGAUGAUUUUGGUCGGACUCAGCAGUUUGAUGCUCUUUUCUCCGUGCCCGACGAUGUACUCGAAGACAGCCUCGGCGGUGCACUCAGUUCCUCUCAGAUCGACAAAGUCCGGAGCAAGAUUCCUGGACCUAUUAUGAAGAGCAUCAGUCAAUGCAGAGCCAGGUGUGGGAUUUCACCCAGGUGA